CAGCAAGCCUAUUAAAUGGUGUCAAAUUUUUUGUAAAACUUUAGUCAGUAUUAUUUUACCAAAUUUGAUGUGUCAAAAAAUUAUUGUAAAAUUGUAGUUUUCUUUUUCUUCUCACAAAUCUUUUUGUUUUUCCCUUUUCGUGCAAUGACCAGUCCGCCUCCUAUUUUAUUGGCCUGUUUUGUGCACUUGGUGCUGCAUACAACGCUCUUCAUACAGCUGGAUCCGGAUACCUUUAAUGACACCCCCAUCCUGGGCAGCCAGAUAUUCUAUCUAUCCGUAAUGGAUCUGCUGUGCGACUGCGAGGUGAUACCCGAUCACUGGAAAGGCGUGCCUCCAUGGGGCAAGUUUAUCCUGGAGACCAUCGUCUCCUUCCUAAUCGGCGAAUUCUCUAUGAUGCUGGUGUGGCUAUCCGUGGAGAAGUUUCUUGUCGAGCUCCUCAAAAUGACAUCUCUUCGCUACCACUCCAAAUUGUUGGUUCUGGAGAUCAGUACAGUGGCCCUCGGCAUUAUCUUUUCAGUUCUAGUGGCUGCGAUGUCAAAUCGAACGGCCAGAAUGCAGAAAGUCGGACGCACAGUCUGGAGCACUAUCAAACAAUAUAGACGGGCUCUGUGGACAAAAAAAGAACAGGCCGUUCAAUGUCAAUCAUUUGUAAAGCGAAGAAUUUCUAUGUUUAUGCAUAAGCGUUUUCAGAAGAUAUGAAAUUAAUCUAAGAUGAA